AUGACUGUUGUUAACCAUACAUUUUCAAAUGAGGGAAAACCAGGGCCAGCAGGGCAGAAAGGAGCAGUCGGCUACCCUGGACCAGAAGGUAUUCCUGGCCACUCUGGCAAGCCUGGAAUGUCAGGGAAGCCUGGCCCUAAGGGUAAUAAAGGAAAUUCAGGCUUACCAGGUCUGGCAGGUUAUCCUGGAGCUCGAGGUCCCAAGGGAUUACCAGGCAUGCCAGGGCCCAUAGGAGCACCUGGACUAAAGGGUGAAAAAGGGCUUCUGGGUCAUCCAGGAAAGCGAGGCAAAAGAGGCUUUUCAGGAUCACAAGGUGACCAAGGACCAGCAGGAGACACUGGACUGAAAGGACAAACUGGAGAAGAUGGAGAUCAAGGUUUAAUGGGGUUUCAAGGAUUCCCAGGUCCAAAAGGUCCUGCAGGAGACAUUGGCUUAGCUGGAAUUCUGGGCCCGAAAGGUCCAACAGGCCAAGUUGGAUAUAUUGGCCCUGUUGGUCAAGAAGGCGUAACAGGCCCAACUGGCAGGCCUGGACCAAGAGGUGAAAAGGGCACAAGGGGUGAAAUGGGUCCUCAGGGACCUCAGGGCCAGCCAGGGCCACCUGGACGACCUGGACCACCAGGACCAAGAAAACAAGUGGACAUCAACGCUGCUGUUCAAGCUUUGAUUGAGUCAAAUGCUGCACUGCAGAUGGAGAAAUACCAGAAUACUGAAGUAACUUUACUAGAUCACAGUACAGAGAUAUUCAAAACACUGCACUACCUUAGCAAUUUACUGCACAGCAUCAAGAACCCCCUUGGCACACGGGAUAACCCAGCACGCAUCUGCAGGGAUUUGCUUUACUGUGAACGUAAAGUGGCAGAUGGAAAAUACUGGAUUGACCCAAAUAUUGGAUGUCCUUCUGAUGCCAUUGAAGUUUUCUGCAACUUCACUGCAGGUGGUCAGACAUGUUUAACACCACUAUCCGUGACAAAGCUGGAGUUCGGCAUUGGAAAAGUGCAGAUGAACUUCCUUCAUUUACUGAGCUCAGAAGCAACCCAUAGCAUCACAGUUCAUUGUCUGAACACACCAAUGUGGAGAUUAAAUAAAGCAGGUGACCAGAAAACAUCUGUUAGCUUCAAAGGAUGGAAUGGUCAAAUAUUUAAAGCAAGCACGCUACUUGAACCGAAGGUGCUUAUGGAUGAAUGCAUGAUUGAAGAUGGCAGCUGGCAUAAGACACAGUUCUUUUUUCACACUCAGGACACUAAUCAGCUUCCAGUUGUUCAAGUUAACGCACUUCCUCAUCUCAAACCAGGACAGCAGCACUUCGUAGAAAGUGGUUCA